AUGGUGAUUCCAACAACUGAUACUGAUGAUUUCUCGCCUUCCGCAACUUUAAUAAUUUCUUUCCAUCGUCCACUUCCUUUGCUAAGAGGACCCAUACCAGCUGGUUUAUCAGACGACCCAUCGAAAGGACCUUUCGUUCUCGCUUUCAGAAACCCAUCAAGCUGGAAGUCUGCUUUUCAAGCUGGAGCACGGAUUGGGUGUUCUAUUAGUGCUUCUAACAAGUGCAAGCCACCAUGGUGGAGAUCCUUGUUUGGAGGUGCUACUGUUGAUGUCGCUGCACGUGAGCACUGUGAAGAGCUUGAGAUGGCAUCCUGUCUUGCUGUUUCUAAAGAAUCCUGUCACAAGUUAGGAAAGGAGAAGUGCUUACCUCCUUUUCGGGAUGCACGAAUAGCAUUGAUUGAUUGUAAAGAAGUUUGA